CGCCGCCGGUCUGGGAUCCGGAAGUCUGAGCCUAGCUGCGCGUGAGCAUUUGCUCGCCCAAGCGAGUUGUCGUGUGGCUGUCUCUUCUCACAUCCCCGCCGGAAGUAUAGGAAGAGAGCAAGCAGAUUUGAACCUAUCUGCUUUCAAGCUGGUCAUCACGAUGAAACUUAGACACAAAAAUAAAAAGCCAGGUGAAGGCUCCAAGGGCCACAAGAAGCCUGCAAAGCAAAAUGGGAAGAAAGCGGCCUCCAAAGUGCCCUCUGCACCUCGUUUGGUUCACUGCAGUGGUCAUGCCAAUCGAGAGGCUGAAUCGAAGAAGAAGAGGGUUAAGGAGAUGAGGGAGAUGCAGCAAGCUGCCCGCGAGCAAGAAAGACAAAAACGCAGGACCAUGGAGAGCUACUGUCAGGAUGUCCUGAGACGCCAGGAGGAGUUUGAGCAUAAGGAGGAAGUUUUGCAGGAAUUAAAUAUGUUUCCUCAGUUGGAUGACGAGGCCACAAGGAAGGCUUAUUACAAGGAGUUCCGUAAGGUGGUGGAAUACUCUGAUGUGAUUCUGGAAGUCCUGGAUGCCAGAGACCCAUUAGGCUGCCGCUGCUUCCAAAUGGAGGAGGCCGUCUUGCGAGCCCAAGGCAACAAGAAGCUGGUCCUGGUCUUGAACAAGAUUGACCUGGUUCCCAAGGAGGUUGUGGAGAAAUGGCUGGAUUACCUUCGGAAUGAGUUGCCAACCGUGGCUUUCAAGGCCAGUACCCAGCAUCAGGUCAAAAACCUGAAUCGUUGCAGUGUACCAGUAGAUCAGGCCUCUGAGUCAAUGCUAAAAAGCAAAGCCUGCUUUGGAGCUGAAAACCUCAUGAGGGUUCUGGGGAACUAUUGCCGCCUUGGUGAAGUGCGUACCCACAUUCGUGUGGGUGUUGUGGGUCUUCCCAAUGUUGGGAAGAGCAGCCUUAUCAAUAGCCUGAAGCGCAGCCGCGCAUGCAGCGUAGGAGCCGUUCCUGGGAUUACCAAAUUCAUGCAGGAGGUCCACCUGGACAAGUUCAUCCGGCUGCUGGAUGCUCCAGGCAUUGUCCCAGGGCCCAACUCCGAGGUGGGCACCAUCCUGCGUAACUGCGUCCACGUGCAGAAGCUGGCAGACCCUGUGACCCCGGUGGAGACCAUCCUGCAGCGCUGCAACCUGGAGGAGAUUUCCAACUACUACGGCAUCUCUGGGUUCCAGACCACUGAGCACUUUCUCACGGCAGUGGCCCACCGUUUGGGGAAGAAGAAGAAGGGAGGCAUAUACAGUCAGGAACAGGCGGCCAAAGCUGUCUUAGCUGAUUGGGUCAGUGGGAAGAUCAGCUUCUAUAUACCACCACCACCUACUCACACUCUGCCCGCCCAUCUCAGUGCGGAGAUCGUUAAGGAAAUGACCGAGGUCUUUGACAUCGAGGAUACUGAGCAGGCCAAUGAAGACACCAUGGAAUGCUUGGCCACUGGAGAAUCUGAUGAGCUGUUGGGUGACACGGACCCACUUGAAAUGGAGAUCAAGUUGCUUCAUUCUCCGAUGAUAAAAAUAGCAGAUGCCAUUGAAAAUAAAACCACCGUGUAUAAGAUUGGAGAUCUCACUGGGUAUUGCACCAAUCCAAACCGUCAUCAGAUGGGGUGGGCUAAACGCAAUGUGAAUCACCACCCUAAGAACAACAAUAUGGUGGAUGUCUGCUCAGUGGACCGCCGCCCAGUGCUGCAGAGGAUCAUGGAGACGGAUCCCCUACAACAGGGCCAGGCUCUGGCAUCCGCCCUGAAGAAUAAGAAGAAGAUGCAGAAACGUGCAGAUAAAAUUGCCAGCAAGCUGUCUGAUUCCAUGAUGUCUGCUCUCGACCUCUCUGCCAAUGGUGAUGAUGGUGUUGGUGACUAAUCGACUGAUCUCACUUCCCUUCCGCUCCAAGCACCAGUUCCAGUGCUCUAUCUGGAAGGAGUCUGGAAGCAGCAACACCCUAGUAGCAAUGAAUGUAUGUAGUGCCCAGAUCUUGACUUCUCAAUACCAUUCUCCACUAAAAGGAACCAAAGAUCAUUGGAGAAAUGGCUCAUUCUAAGGCUAGCACGGAAAAAUGCAAAAUGAGCCUUCUGGUGGACAGACUCACAAUCUCUAAAGCACCCCCUCCAUGAUACCUGCCUGCUGGUACCAUGAUACCACCCCCAGUUUUUAGUGCAAACAGGACCCAUAACUUGUUUCUAACUAAUAGAAUAUGACAACAGUGAUGGGAUGUCACUCCCACCAUUAGGUUAUAUUAUGUAAAACUCUUUCUUGCUAGGGUGGAGACUCUAGAGACUUUUAGGAACUGCAGGAGGCCUCUCGUUGCUAACAGCCAAGAGCCAGCAAGAAGCCAGGAUCCUCAGUCCUAUUGAUACAAAAAAAAACCAAAGCCUGCCUACAGUCUUAGAAAGCUUGGAAGUGGAUUCUUUCCACUCAUGCCUCCAGGUGAUAAGGCAGCUUGGCUGACAUCUUGAUUUCAGCCUUGCUAAAGCCUCAGCAGAGGACUCAGAUAAACUGUUCCUGGACUUGGCUGGGUGCAGUGGCACACGCCUGUAAUCCC